CUGUUGUGCGCCAAUGUGUACUGGUGGUACUCUUCCUUCAACGGAGACACUUUCCUCAAAACACCACUCGACGCCUUGCCUUUCCUUUCUCUCUUCCCCAAGCUAACUGGAUUUUUCGUCACCGGCGGUGGCGGCGACAACAUCAGCCUCCCGGGGGACAAUGCCCACGCGGAUGGUGAAGUCGAGGCCGACCACGAUCUCCUCCACACCUCCAAUUUGCUCGUGCUUCGAGGCAAAUACGCGUCAAAAUUGCCGCAUAAGUGUCGAGUUUUUCGAGCUUUUCUUUGGCUUUUCGGAUGUUUUGGAAAUUUUGGAAGAGUGAGUGUUGACCACCCUAUUGCUGUGAUAUUGCUGGAAAUUAGAGAGUUGUAUACCUUUAUAUGGCACUUCUGGAGUUCCUUGAAGUUUCAUCGAGAGAUAUUCAAAAAACUUAUUCACCUCCCUCUCAAUCUCGCAAUGAACUUCAAGGAACUCAAGAAGUGUCAUAGAAAUCACGAGCAAAUUCAAGGUGCGGAGGAGAUCUUGGUCGGCCUCGACUUCUCCAUCCGCGUGGGCAUUGUCCCCCGGGAGGCCGAUGUUGUCGCUGCCACCGCCGGUGACGAAAAAUCUGGUGAGCUUGGGGAAGAGGGAAAUGAAAGGCGGGGUGUUGAGUGGUGUUUCGAGGAAAGUGUCUCCGUUGUUGAAGGAAGAGUAGCAGGUUGGCGCACAACACGUGCUGUAGUGGAGAUACGCCAAUGCUCGGGCGGCGGCGAUGGCCGCCGUAAAGGAAGUAGCUCAGGUAUUGAUGUCCCACAAAGCAUGGGAUAA